AUCCUGUGAUAGAACCACUAUCAGCACCUGACACCUCGAAAACAGGAAAAAGGUUUCAGCAGGAACACAGAUGUGUUGCCGUGUUUAGAGGAGGAGCUUGAACCGGCUAUAAACCCCCCCGUAGACAGGAACUUCAGUCCAUUGAGAAAGGAGACGGGCUGCCUCCGUCAUGUCUUACUACGAGCAUAUCGUCUUUGACUACGACAUUAAUGACACAGGCUCAGGUUCUGGUUCCGGGGACCUGGCGGGGGAUCUGGAGGAGCCCUGUGACGUGGAGCACGUGAUGACCGCUAACCUUCAGAAGGUCUUCCUGCCGGUGGUCUACGCCCUCAUCUUCACCCUGGGCAUCACCGGAAACGGCUUGGUCGUCAUCGUGCUUGGCUGCCAACGCAGGUCAAAGUGCAGCCUCACGGACCGGUAUCGACUCCAUCUCUCGGCUGCUGAUCUCCUCUUUGUCCUGGCGCUGCCCUUCUGGGCCGUGGACUCGGCUCUGUCCGACUGGCGCUUCGGAGCGGCCGCCUGCGUCGGCGUGCACGUUAUCUACACGGUCAACUUGUACGGCAGCGUGCUCAUCCUGGCGUUCAUCAGCCUGGACCGCUACCUGGCAGUGGUCCGAGCCACGGACACCAACACCGGGGGCCUGAGGCAGCUGCUGGCACACAGACUGGUUUAUGUGGGCGCCUGGCUGCCUGCUGGCCUCCUGGCAGUGCCCGACUUGAUAUUUGCCCGGACUCAGGAAGGAGGCGACGGGGCCACUCUGUGCCAGCGAUUCUACCCAGAAUACAACGCUCCUCUCUGGGUCGCGGUCUUCAACUUCCAGCUGGUCCUGGUGGGUCUGGUGAUCCCGGGCCUGGUUCUCCUGGUGUGCUACUGCGUCAUUGUCACCAGGCUGACCCGAGGCCCGCUCGGUGGCCAGCGGCAGAAGCGGCGAGCGGUCAGGACUACCAUCGCGCUGGUUCUCUGCUUCUUCGUGUGCUGGCUUCCCUACGGAGUGGGCAUCUCUGUGGACACUCUGCUGCGCCUGGAGGUCCUGCCCCGCAGCUGCAGGCUGGAGGCCUUCCUCGGCGUGUGGCUGUCGGUGGCCGAGCCCAUGGCCUUUGCGCACUGCUGCCUGAACCCACUGCUGUACGCCUUCCUGGGGGCCGGGUUCAAGAAUUCGGCCCGCAGAGCGCUCACUCUGAGCCGAGCCUCCAGUUUGAAGAUUUUACCGCGAAGACGCCCGGGGGCCUCCACGACCACGGAGUCGGAGUCCUCCAGUUUACAUUCCAGCUAGUGUUUGCUUAUAUAUUGUACAUAUGUGUGUUCACUGUGUGUAUAUAUAGCCACGUGGUUAAAGGGACAAUUUUCAGAAAGCGUCUGAGAAAGGAAGGAGCAGUCUGCUGGCCCACGACGUGUCUUCUCCCUCACUGUGGGGGUUUCUCCUGUAAAUACUGUGUUCAGUGUUGUUGUGUACUGUUGAAGAUGUUUGUAAUAAACUAAGCAAAAUACCCA